AUGUCGUCCACAGCAUCAACAACGAGUUAUCACGACACAUCCAGUGCUCAUUCUCACAACACAACGACUGCUUCCUCAUCCCAACAACAACAACAACCAACCACUAUGAGAUCGCGACGAUUUGCCACCAAACCCACCGUCAUUAAACUCCAACAACAACAACCCUCAUCUCAUACCUCAUCACCCACCUUGACACCCAAUGAAAGUAGUAAUGGCGAUGAAGAGAUACAUGUGGUGGUAUCACCAUCACCUGUCGCAACGAUCCACAACAACAACAACAACAACAUAUCGAAUGGAUCUGUGAAAUCACCAACCAUUGAUGAAUCACCAACAACAAGUGGCGGUAGUUCCAAUGAUCAUAUACGUUCGAACACAAUUACUCCUACUUCCGCUACUUGUACUACUCUCAGUACAACAUUUCAUUGGAAUCACAACAUUGGUUCAAUGGCUUCUUCUGCUGGAGAGACAUCACCUUGUCUGGAAUUUUCUCCUACGACCUCCAACACCACUUGCUCAUUGAAUUGCUUUCGAAUAGGUGUUCCUUACAUUGUGGUGAGUUCUAAUAAGGUCAAGUAUGAAUUGGUGUUGUGUGUGAGAGAUCGAAAAAAUGUUCCACCUCUCUCGUGUCAAAAACGAUAUUCCGAUAUUUUGAAAUUUCACCAACGUCUCUCAAAAAUCAUGAAAAUGUCUCGAGAAUUACAAAAUUUAUUUCCAAGUAAGAUUGGAUUUAUGGUGGUUUCUAAAAAUUCAGCGUCACGAAAACGAAAAGCAGCCUUUGAGAAAUAUUUUGAAUUAUUGGUUGAAGAAAUUUUCACACAAUUUUCACAAUCACUUUCCAAGGAAUGGAUUCAUCAAAUUAUUACCAUUCUAUUAGAAGAAUUAUUUGAAAUUCAAUUCAUUGAAGAUGUUUUGAACACUUUGAGAAAACCAACAACUAGUGGAACAACAACAUCGAGUGAUCAUGUGUUUAAGGAACUUGAAUCUGACGUUGCGAAAUCUCUCAAUUUGUCAUUAUCAUUGAAACAAAUGACAAAAGGUACUGUUUUUGCGUAUUUGAAUCCUCACACAUCACGGAUGUAUGAACAAAUUACAGAAAAUUCCUCAAAUUGUAAGAUUAACACAAUUUCUGACAUGGUUCAAAAUCAGGUGAAUGUGUUGCAUGUAUUUUGUGCUGAUCGAGCAAAACAAGAAGAAUUUGGAAUUCCAGUGAUCGCCAAUUCGACAGAUGGUCAAGACGAAGAUCGAGAAAUUCAAAAUACAGAAUAUCAAAUUUUAAAACUGAAUUUAAAUCGUCAUCGUGACAUGAGAUUGUCACUCGAUGGCAUUCUUCAAUCCAUGGUUUCAGCUGCAGAUGUACAUAUUACUCUCAAAAAUUAUUACUUAAAGUUAGAAUUUGAGGAACUGCUGUUCAAAGAUCCAAUCUUAAAACAAAUACUGGAGAAGGGAGAAAAAUGUAAAACAGAAUUUCUUGAAGAUGGACUAAAACAAGUUUUUGUUCAUUCAAUUUUUGAUGAAAGUUCAGGAAACAAGUCCUCUUUCAACGAUGGGGACGUUCAACAAGUGAAAAAGAUGUUAGAAACUCUCUCUGCACUCUCAAAGCAAGCAAAAGAACUCGACAUGAAGUAUUCAAUUUUGUUCACUCAACUUUUGAAAGCAGUCACCUCGGUAGACAAGCAAUUAAUUCAAAAAACUGUCGAACAAAUUAAUCUUAAAUCACAAACCAUUUCUUCAAUUAAUGAGAAAUUAACAGAAGGUCUCAAAUAUUGGUAUCAAUUUAUGGAUCAAAAAACGAGUAAGGUGAUUACAGAAAAGGAAGGUUUUCAUCACGACCUAAUUCUCGUAUUUUUACUUCCUCUCUGUUUUAGUGUUGUGAGUUACAAGAUUUCAUGUGUUCCGCAAGUUUUGAAACUAUUUUUUGGCCUUCGAUGUGAGAGUGUGACCACAGAAAUUGAGUUAAUGACUGAAAAUGAUUUUUACACACUUGGAACUACAUCAAACAAGGAAGAAGAACAUGCAUCCUCCGUCACUGCUCUUAACAGCCAGGCCACAAAUUCCUCCUCUUCGCCAUUAUCUACAACCAAUUCUCCUUCAACUCCUGACAACAAGAAAAAACAAAAGAAGACGGGUAAUGAUGAAGAACAACUCACUCUUCCUAAGUCACUCUUUGGAACGAACGUCAUUCAUGCUAUCAAGGUUAUGACACUUUUGUGUGAAUCUCAAUAUUCACCCUUCUCGUAUUGUGUCGAAUUUUUAAAGAAAUUAUGGAAUACUAUUAUCAGUGAAAGUAGUAAGGCAGUGGAUGACUGGAGAAACGUACAUUAUGUAUUGCAUGAGGAAGAAAGAAAACUCACAAGACUAUUCUUGAGCUUUGAAGACGACUCGGCGGUUGAUGAUUUCUUUAAUAUUCAAGAAUUAACAAAACAGAAAUUAGAGAGAGUGGCCAUGAAAUUGAAAUUAUCUUCAGAAUGUUUUAAUAUUUCACAUAAUGAGUAA